AUGACCGAUUUCGAUAUUGAUCAAUAUGAUAUUACUGUAGAUAUUGAAGUUGAAGUUGAAGAAGAAGAAGAUCAGGCUGAAAAUCAAGAAGUUCAGGAAGAUCCAGCUCAAGAAGCUCAAGAAGAUCCAGCUGAAAUUCCAGAAGAUCAUGCUGAAUCUGAAUCUCCCGAAGAUAUUGAAAAAGUUGAAGAGCCUGCAGUUUUGUCAGAUUUUGAUUGUAAUUCUGUUGAGAAUGCAGAAGAGACCACAGUGAGUUAGGGUUUUUAGGCUUCAGGGGGCUUUAGAGGGCUUUGGGAAGCUUCAGGGGGGCUUCAGGGAGCUUUCAGGGGCUUCAAAGGGCUUUAGAGGGCUUCGAAGGGCUUUAGAGGGCUCUAGAGGGCUUUAAAGGGCUUUCCAAGGCUUUCCAAGGCUUCCCAAGGCUUACCAAGGCUUCCCAAGGCUUCCCAAGGCUUCCCAAGGCUUCCCAAGGCUUCCCAAUGCUUCCCAAAGCUUCCCAAGGCUUCCCAAGGCUUCAGAGGGCUUCCCAAGGUUUCACAAGGCUUCCCAAGGCUUCCCAAGGCUUCCCAAGGCUUCCCAAGGCUUCCCAAAGCUUCCCAAGGCUUCCCAAGGCUUCCCAAGGCUUCCCAAGGCUUCCCAAGGCUUCCCAAGGCUUCCCAAGGCUUCCCAAGGCUUUCCAAGGCUUUCCAAGGCUUCCAAGGGCUUCAGAGGGCUUCAGAGGUCUUCAGAGGUCUUCAGAGGGCUUCAGAGGGCUUCAGAGGGCUUCGGAGGGCUUUAGAGGGCUUCAGAGAGCUUCAAUGGGCUUCCCAAGGCUUCCCAAGGCUUCCCAAGGGCUUCCCAAGGGUUCCCAACCAAAAAAAUCAAUAAUUUUUCAGAUAAUACCAAUCGAAAUCUCAAAUGACGUUGAAGAAACCGUCAUCGAAGAAGUGAAAAUCGAAAAAAAAGGAACAAAAAUUAGAAAAGUCAAAAAUCGAAAGCCAAAAGUUCCGAAACCAGAAGAAGAAGUAGAAAAAUCUGUAGAAGAAACUGAAAAAGUAGAAGAAAUUUUUAAAGAGCCCAAAAGAAAAUUAUCAAAAGACGGUGAAUUGUUCAGUCGAUGGUUGUUUUAUCAUCUUUAUCAUCAUCGCAAUUUGAACCCCUCAAAAAUUGCAUUGGUGAGUUUUUGAAGGUUUAUUGCUCAGGUUAAGCUGCUGAAAUUUUUGAAUUGAUCUUCUGAAUUUUCAGCAAGCUUCUCCAGCUUCCCUGACUUCAAAAAACCCUCCAAAAUCAAUUUCCAGAUCGAAGAAGUGUCCGAAGCACGAUGUGUAACUUAUCAGGAAUUGGUAGACGGUGCAAUUCGGACAGCAAAUUAUUUGCACCAUCACGGAAUUCGAAACGGGGAUCGAAUUUUGAUGAGCAUGGAGAAUAGUGUGGAAUAUGUGUUUUAUCAAUUGGCUGCGUAUAUGCUUGGAGCUGUUCCGGUUCUUUUGAAUCCGAGUUUGCUCUGUGAGUUUUGGGGGAGGUAUUGGAGCUUUUUGAAGAUUUCUGGGGUCUUCUGAAGGCAUCUGAGGUCUUCUGUAGCCCUUUGAAGCCUUUUGAGGGCUUCUGAAUCGCGCUGAAGCCUUUUGAAGCCUUCUGAAGCUCUCAGAUGCCUUUUGAAGCUUCCUGGAGCUCUCAGAUGCUCUCAGAUGCCUUUUGAAGCCUUCUGAAAAUUUAUAAGGCUAUCACUGUUUCAAAAUUUCCUUUGAAAAAAGAGGACUUUCAAAUUUCGAUUGGAAUCAAAAAUAAAAUCUUGAAAUUUUGAUGUCAAACCAUUUUCUAGAUGCAUUGCUCAUAUUAGAAAAAUUCUUGAAAACUUUGAAAUUUUCAGAUUUUUUUGUUAGAAAAAAAUUAAUCACUGUUUCAAAAUUUUAUUUUAAAAAAAGAGGGGACUUUGAAAUUUUGAUCAGAAUCAAGUUCUUGUUUUAAAAAAUUGAAAAAUUGAAUUUUUCAACGCAUUGCUCAUAUUAGAAAAAGUUAAACAGUUCAUUAAAUUUUUGUAUUUUCAAAAUUCACUGUUUCAAUAUUUUCUUGCUGCGGGUUAGGCCUUCUAAAGCCUUCUGAAGCCCAUUAGAGCUCUCUGAAACCCUCUGAAGCUUUCCGAAGCCUUCUGAAGCCUUCUGAAGACUUCUGAAGAUUUCUGAAGCUCUCAAAUGCCUUCUGAAGUCUUCUGAAACCCAAUAGAGCCUUCUGAAGCUCCCAGAAGCCAUCUGAAAAGUUCUGAGGUCUUCUGAAACCUUCUGAAGCUCUCUGGAAUUCUCUGAAGCGUUCUGGAGGCUUCUGAAGCUCUCAAAUCCCUUCUGAAGCCUUCUGAAGCCAAAUUUUCAAUCUAGACUUUUUAAGCUAGAAUUCUGAAACUAGACUUUAGCUAAAUUUAAUUUUUUUUAAUUCGAAAAAAAUCUGAACAUUUUAAAGGGAGUUUCAAAAAAUUCUGAACUUCAGCACAAAUUUUUUUCUUGAGAAAAAUGAAUCAUCAAUUUUUUUUUGAAAAUCCGAAAAAAUCUGAACAUUUUUAAGCGAUUUUCAGAAAAUUCUGAACUUCAGCACAAAAUUUCCUGACAAUUUUUUUCUUGAGAAAAACUGAAAUUUCCAUUUUUCAAAUAAAAAUAACAUGAGCAAUUAUUUCGGAGCCCAUUAGAGCAUUCUGAAAUCCUCGAGCCUUUUCCAGCCUCUGAAAAAUUCGAAUCAAUCGAUUGUAUCGCGGCAGUAGUAGAUCUAGAAAACUACGGUCACAUGCUUCGAGCCACCAAAUCACAAAUCAAUAAUAUUCAACACCUUUUUAUUCUUGCCGAGGAACUAUCCGCCAUUUAUUUACCACCACAUUUAUGGAUUUAUGAUGGAUUUGGUUUCCUAGACUUCCCAAACACCUUUCAAAGAUGUAUGCCAAUGAAAGAUGGUGACGUCACAAUAUUCUCAAGUAGCGACACAACUUCCGCUAAAUCUCAAUUCAUUGCGCAUACUUCGAAAUCUAGUCAGAUUCUUGUAUUGAAUUAUUAUGAAAAACUUUUUGAUCUAGUUGGUGAGGAUUCUGAAAAUACUCAUCAUCUGAUUACAAAUGGAUUACACUGUCAUGAUUGUUGGGCGUAUUUGUAUUUUGUUUUGGCCAAAGGUGAGACUUGUGUACUUGCUGAAUCGACUGUGGAUGUUUGGAGAGCAUCGUUUUUGGAUAGGAUUGCUGGGCUUAUUGAGCAAUAUCAUGUGGGUUUUGGGGGCAUUUUUCAUCGUGGGUGGUCUUUUACGAUCCAACUUUGUUAGAAACUCAUUUUGUGAUUAUUUUCUAUAGUUUCUAUAGGCUUUUUUCUACUUCGUGGGUGGUCUCCACAUUUUUUUAGAUUAGAGUCAACUUCGUGGGUGGUCUUUUACGAUCCAAAUUUGUUAGAAACUUAUUUUGUGAAAAAGUUUCUAAAUAUUCUAUGUGUGUUUUACUUCGUGGGUGGUCUCCACAUUUUUUUAGAUUAGAGUCAACUUCGUGGGUGGUCUUUUACGAUCCAGAUUUAUUAAAAACUCAUUUUGUGAAAAAGUUUCUAAUAAUAUGUGUUUUUUUACUUCGUGGGUGGUCUUCACUUUUUUUUAGAUUAUAGUCAACUUCGUGGGUGGUCUUUUUUAACCUAAUUAUUUUGAUCAGCUUCAGAAAAGUUCAGAAGUUAGCCCAUCUCAAAAUCAAUUUUUGUGCUCAUUUUCCAGGAGUACUGUAUUUCAAAUGGUCCAAUUUUUCAGCUCAAAAAAUAUUUUUCCAUUUUUUUUUUGUAGAAAAAGUUCUAUGAAGAGAUAAACUCUGAAAAUAUCUAGAAAUACCCACAAAAAAUUCCAGAAGUUUUCAAACUAAAAAAAUAUCCAAAAAAAAUUCCAGAACGUUUCCAAACUAAAAAAAUAUCCAAAAAAAAUUCCAGAAGUUUCCAAACUAAAAAAAUAUCCAAAAAAAUUCCAGAAGUUUCCAAACUAAAAAAAUAUCCAAAAAAAUUCCAGAAAUUUUCAAACUAAAAAAAUAUCCAAAAAAAAAUUCCAGAAAUUUUCAAACUAAAAAAAUAUCCAAAAAAAAUUCCAGAAGUUUUCGAGCUAAAAAAAUAUCCAAAAAAAAAUUCCAGAAGUUUCCAAACUAAAAAAAAUAUCCCACAAAAAAUUCUAGAAAUUUCCCAACAUUUUUCCUUUUUCCAGAUCCCUCUAAUAAUCUCAAAUGCUCAACUUCUCAAAUGUUUCAUCAAAUACGAAGUGCACAAUAUUUACGAUUUAAGUUCAUUGAAAAUUAUCGCCAACACUGGUUCGACAAUCUCCUCAACAAUUGCGAAAAAAGUGAAAGAGAUGCUCAAAGUUACCAUAACUCAGGGUAUGUUUGGGGACUCUUGGAAACUUUUUGAAAAACCUUUCCUUUCAGCAUAUAGUGCCGCUGAAUUCGGGAUUGUUGGAUUCGAAAUUUUCAGCGAAGAAGAUCAAGAUCAUCUUCUCAGCUGUGGAAAACCGUUCCCAGAAAUGAAAAUCAAGGUGGUUGGUAUCACCUUAAAAAAUUUUAAAAUCUCUAAAAAAAUCAAUAAUCCUUCAGAUCGCAUCAAUAGAAACUGAAAAAGAAGUGGAAACUGGAAAAUGGGGAUCAAUAAUGUUAAAUGGUCCCAAUCUUUUCCGCGGUUACUGUAGCGGUUCCGAAGAGACCAACAAUAUUAAAGGGUGGUUUAAAAGUGGUGACUACGGUAUGAUUGAUGAGAAGAAUCGUGUUCAUAUUGGUGGAGCUGUUGGUGAAUUAUUGCAUGUGAAAAAUCAAAAAUUGUCGGCGGAAUUGUUGGAAAGUGUCGUUUGUGAACAUCAAUUGGUGGAAGAUUGUGUAGUUAUGACAAAUGGGCAUGAAUUGUGGUGUGGAUUAUUGUUGAAGGAUGAAAAUGAGGCACCGAAUACUAGUCAACUUGAUAAACUUUUUAAGAGUGAGUUUAUUUCAGGCUUCUAAGGCUUUCCAAGGCUUCUCAGGCUUCUUUUUAGGCUUCUAAGGCUUCUCGGGCUUCUUUUUAAGCUUCUCAGGCUUCUCAAGCUUCUUAAGCUUACAAUCCUAGUCCAGAGCUGAAAAAAAAUUUUAAUUUAAAGGGACAUGUUGAGUACUGUAGAGAUAACCUGUAGAUCUAACAAAAAUCUAGAAUUUUUCAAAAAAAAUUUUUAAAUUUUUGUUAAAAAAAAAUUUUAUUAGGCUUCCCAGAGCUUCCCAAGGCUUUCCAAGGCUUCCCAAGGCUUCCGAAGGCUUCCCAAGGCUUCAGAAGGCUUCAGAAAGCUUCAGAAGGCCACAGAAGGCUUCAGAAAAAUUUUCUGAUCCAGAAGGCCCGGAAUAUUUUCCCGAAAUAUUCAAAAGCUCAGAAAACCAAAUAAAUUUUUCUGGAUUUUUAGAAGCCCGGAAAAAAUCUCGUAGAUUUUUGAAAAUUUUUGGAUCUCUCUGAAAUUUCUGGAAAAUUUUCUCUGCAUUUUUAGAAAUCUCGAAAAAAUUCUGAUUUUCAGGAAAAUUUUAGAAUUUUCCUAGAAUUUUGACUGUUCAGUAAUAUAGUUAGCCUAAGAUUUAUCCAGAAAUUUUGAAAAUUUGAAAAGUGGUUUCAAUUGAGAUUUCUAGACUUCAGGAGGCUUCAGAGAGCUUCAGAAGGCUUCCCAAGGCUUCCCAAGGCUUUCCAAGGCUUCCCAAGGCUUUCCAAGGCUUCCCAAGGCUUCCCAAGGCUUCCCAAGGCUUCCCAAGGCUUCCCAAGGCUUCCCAAGGCUUCCCAAGGCUUCCCAAGGCUUCCCAAGGCUUCCCAAAGCUUCUCAAGGCUUCCCAAGGCUUCCCAAGACUUCCCAAGGCUUCCCAAGGCUUCCCAAGGCUUCUCAAGGCUUCUCAAGGCUUCCCAAGGCUUCCCAAGGCUUUCCAAGGCUUCCCAAGGCUUCCCAAGGCUUCCCAAGGCUUCCCAAGGCUUUCCAAGGCUUCCCAAGGCUUCCCAAGGCUUCCCAAGGCUUCCCAAGGCUUCCCAAGGCUUCCCAAGGCUUCCCAAGGCUUCCCAAGGCUUCCCAAGGCUUCCCAAGGCUUUUUUUUUCAGAAAACGACAUCAACGCCAACGUCAGCAAAAUCAUAAUCCUCGACUUCAUCCCAAGAUCAGAAAAUGGAAAAAUUUUACGAAAUGAGAUUCCUUACAUCAUGAAUGCUGAACAAGAUGAAGCAAUUUUAGUGGAUGAUACAGAAAGUUAUAUUUGA